AUGCGCCGACGCGCGGCCCCGCCUCCCCCUCCGGCCGCCCGGCUCCGGCAGGGGACGAGCUCGCCCUGGGAGGGCGGCGGGGCCGGGCGGUUUCGGCGAGGAGAGCGAUGGCUCGCCGCUUCUCCUGAGGUUGACGGCAGUCACCGUGGAGUGACGCUGGCCCUCUCGGCGGCUGCCAGACCCCGAGCCUCUCCGCGGCGCCGCCGGGGUCCUGCUGCCGGGGUCCCGCUGCCGCCGGGGUCAGCGCCGCCGGGGGUCCUGCUGCCGUCGGGGUCAGCGCCGCCGGGGGUCCUGCUGCGGUCGGGGUCAGCGCCGCCGGGGUCCCGCUGCCGCCGGGGUCAGCGCCGCCGGGGUCCUGCUGCCGCCGGGGUCAGAGCCGCCGGGAUCCUGCUGCCGGGGUCCUGCUGCCGCCGGGGUCAGAGCCGCCGGGGUCCCGCUGCCGCCGGGGUCAGCGCCGCCGGGGGUCCUGCUGCCGUCUGGGUCAGCGCCGCCGGGGGUCCUGCUGCCGUCGGGGUCAGCGCCGCCGGGGUCCCGCUGCCGCCGGGGUCAGCGCCGCCGGGAUCCUGCUGCCGCCGGGGGUCCUGCUGCCGGGGUCCCGCUGCCGUCGGGGAUCAGCACCGCCGGCGUCAGCGCCGCCGGGGGUCCCGCUGCCGCCGGGGUCCUGCUGCCAGGACCGGGGCGCGCUGGAGGGGGCCUCUCGGUGGCCUCUCGGUGGGGAAAGGGUGCCCAGAGGCGGCGGUUCCCAUCAGUGAGCGGAGCGGGCCGCCCCGGGAACAGCAGCCAGCCGGGGAGCAGGGUGGGAGGCGGCCGCCGGCGUGUUUAAGGCUCGGUUCUGUGACUGGUGUGUGCCCUGGGCCGCACGCUGGAGGCAAGCGUGGACCUCCGUGGGAAUGGACCUUUCCAAAUUUAAGGUUGCUGUGCGUUAUAGGGCGGAGCCGUGCGGGAUCCUGGAACUGUAGUGACAGCCUCUUCUUAAGACCAAGGGCGUCGAGGGGCUUUGUACAUCUUCCAGCUCGGAGCUGCUCAUCGGGAGGGCGGCAGCUGUCUUCUCUCCCAGAUACACUGUGGUUCCCCAUCGAGAAAGAUGAGGAAUUCUGUCUGCAUUCAGUCCUCACAAGCAGCCAGUGGGCAGGGGCCGGGGGACCAGCUCCAACACCACUGUCAGUGCCUUGCCAGUGCACUUGGCCAUACCACUGUUACUUUGCAUGUCUCACCUGUGACGGCAGUAAGACAGUCACCUCAGCAGCCACUUCUACAAGGUGGGACCCCUACCUUCCUGUCACUGCUAAUGAGAUGAGAGACGCACAGCUGAACCAAUCAGCUCCUCUCCUGGGACCCAGGACUGGAAUUGGAACCACCAUCCUGUCACGUCUGGCUGUGAGAAGUGAGAUGGAGUAGGACUGUCAUCUUCCACCCUGUACAUGGAGACAGGGUAAUGACCAGGAGACUGUGUGAGCCUGGGACAGGGAGUCAGACCCAGCAGCUGACUCAGAUGGUUUCCACUUUGCUCUCGUGGGAGACCCACAGCCUUUCAAGGUGGCCCGGCUGAUUAGAAAGCAGCCUCUAGUCCUUCCCGUACCUCUGCGUCUUUUAUCUAAAGGGCCUCUGAGUGAAUUUCUGUUUCUUCCGACCCAAGGAGGCUGAGGAAGAGCAGGGGCAAAAGGUUGGUCCGUAUGAGGCUACAGUAAUAAAAACAGAGUCAGGAGUAAGGAAGGUGAAUGCUCUGCUCUGUUCUGCCCAGGCUCCCCCUGAAGUGUCCUGCUGGCUUAUAGGUGUGGAAUAUUAAGAGGACAUAGCCUGGUUAGAAUGCCUUCAGGAGAGAGGAACCAGAUAACCAGGACAAGAGCCCUGCUUUCUGGAACCCUUUACCCUGGGGUGCCCGGGAGAUCGGGACGUGUGCCUUCAUUCACGUGGUCACUGAGUGCCCACUGGGAGCCUGGCUGCCGAAGGCCCCGUACAGGCCAGCCACGGAGGGAGGGUCCCCGGGCACCAGGCUGAGAACAAGACAGGUGAGACCCCGCUCUCAAGGAGCUCACGUUCUAGUGGAGAGAGACAGAACCCAGUUUUAUUGGGGGAGGGGGUACCACUUCAGAAAAAGAACAUAAAACCUAGUCAUGAGCUGCCAUAACGGGGGGCACUUCAGAUAUGAGGGUUCAGGGAGGCCUCUUGGAGAGGAUCACACUGAAGGGCCAGAAGAAGGGGCGGGGGGAGCGUCUGAUAGCAGCGUGUGGAACCCACACCGCCGUCACAACCACCACCUUCAUUUUAAGCACAUUCCAAAGAAUGACUGGAGUUAAAGUACGUUCUGAGUUUGAGUUACAGACCUGUCUGCCCGUCUGGAACUUCCUUAGAACCCAUCCCACAAAACCGUAGCGGGGCUCUGUGAGGUGCACCGUGUGCAGGCCUGCUUCCCCACAGCCGGGAGGCCUUCUCCGUCUCACCCUCAGAGCGAACCUCCAAGCCGCAGCCCCUCUGGAUGAAGAAGCCAGGACUUGUAAGGCAUAAAGCCGGCGCACGGGGGAGCCGGCUGUGGUUGCCCACCUCUGUGUCUCAUUCGGUCACUUCCUCACCCAAGAGGCAGGAAGGAGCUGCAGAGGUGUGGUGGGAUUCAGGCCUUCUGGGUCCCCUGCGCCUGCAGAGAACCUGCCCCUGCAGUCGAAGGGGAGAUUUUCAUGGUCUCAGCGUGCAGUGCCAUGUCCCCAGCCAGACCUGGAGGCAGCUUGACGUUCAGGGAAGACGUCUGGGUCUCAGCCAUAAUCGGCCUGCGCCAGGCCCAUGGUCCACCAGGCACGAUGGGACAAACGGAAGGUGGAGCAGCCGCUGCUGCGCACAGGCGGAGGGACCUGGGAGGGACCUGGGAGGUGGUCCCGACUCCCUCCGCCUCACGUCCCUCAUCCUUAUCAAGGGGAGCUCACGGAGAGUGCUCUCAGCAGAGCCCUGGGGAAGCAAAGGUAGCCCCAAGCUCCCGAGCGGCCGUGGCCCACCGUGGCCCCACGGACCGCACACCUGCUUGCAGAGAAUGUCGCGGGGGGUGGGGGGGCACACUCUCUCCGUCCGCGUGUGCGUGUCCAGCAGCCCCAACAGAAACGUGGCGGGGGCCACGGGCCUGAUUUCACGCUUUCUCGUGGCUCCGUUAAGAAAGUCACAAGAAUCAGGUGACAGUCGUUUUCAAGUAUAGCCUUAUUUUACGUCAUAUCCCAAAUGUUAUCAUUUGAACAAGUAACCGAUGAACUUCAUUAACGAGCUGUUUCACACGGUUCACCGGCGUCCAGUCAACCAUCACUGCGUCCUCGCACUGGUCACACCAAGGCCGUCCGUCGCGCCUCGCGGCACGCUCGGUUCCCACGGGAACCCCUGGUCUCUGCUCGGGUUUCACGAAAUCCGCAGCUGGAAGCGGGCUGGGCCCGGGUUGCUCUGACCACACAACUCGCCCGGCAGGGCCGGGGGAAGGCCGGGCCCCAGCGGGCUGGCGGCUGCAGGGCGGCGGGCCCCACGACCCGGCGGCCGGCGACAGGGCGGAGGCGGCGCCCGUCGAGAAGCCACGCAACCCCGGGGCUCCCAGACCCCGCCCGCGCCGCCCUGCGCCGUCCGUCACGCGGCGGCACGGGGCGGGGCGGUGUCUGUGAGGGGGCGGGGCUCCGGGGAGGCGCCGCCGGUGUGGGCGUGGCCGGAGGUCCGGCUGGGCCCCGAGUUUCCCCACCGAGCGAGGGGCCGGCCCGCCGCGGCGCCCGCGAGUGGGGCCAUCGCGGUCGCCUGGGUCACCUCAGCCCGAGGGUCCUGCAGGCUCCUGUUCUGACCCCCGCUGCCCUGUCCUCUGUGGGAAGGUGGAGCCACGGAGAGCCCACCUGCGGGACGGUCAGGCCGGAACCGAGGGCCUUACUCCCGGCCGAGCUCGCCGCCCUCCUCCCCGCGCCGUGGCCCCGGAACCCCGUCGGGAGGCCUGUGAAUGUCCCUCGCCUGAGGACUUUGGGGGCUUUCCACAAGCCACUCCCGAUCCAGGAGGGUUGGCGGUGCCCUGCGCGCCCGGCUCAGCCC